GUCAGUCGUAUGACGUCGGCCGGGGUCGUGCUGUAAUUUGCAGAAUCACUAUGGCGUUGAGGGAGACUGCGGGGCUCUACGAGACGCUGAAAGCCGAGUGGAACAAGAAAAGCCCAAAUCUUACUAAAUGCGGCGAACUACUCACUAAACUCAAGGUGUCGUUACUGGAGCUGAACUUUCUACCCACAAGCGACUCCACGUUCACCAAACAGCAGCUAAUAUUAGCCCGUGAUGUUCUCGAAAUUGGAGCCCUGUGGAGCAUCCUGAAAAAAGACAUCCCCUCCUUUGAGCGAUACAUGGCCCAGCUCAAGUGCUACUACUUUGACUACAAGGAGGAGCUACCGGAAGCGGCCUACAUGCACCAGAUUCUGGGACUCAAUCUGCUCUUCCUACUCUCACAAAACCGCGUAUCCGAGUUCCACACGGAGCUGGAACGUCUGAGUGCGCGCGACAUUCAGACUAAUGUGUACAUCAGGCAUCCCGUGUCCUUAGAACAGCACACUGCUGCUGCCCGCACAGUCGGCGGUCCAAGUGAUUUGACAAUCAUGGCGGAGAGCGUGAAACAGUCAAAUGCCGCUGCAUUUCUCAAGUAUUUAAUGGAGGGAAGCUACAACAAAGUGUUCCUGGCCAAAGGCAACAUCCCGGCUGAGAGCUACACCUUCUUCAUUGACAUCCUACUCGACACAAUUCGUGACGAGAUCGCCGGCUGUAUCGAGAAAGCCUACGAACAGAUUCAGUUCACAGAGGCCACACGUGUGCUUUUCUUCACAUCGUCCAAAAAGAUGACAGAGUACGCCAAGAAGCGCGGGUGGAGCCUGAACGCCGCCGGCUGCUACUCGUUCAGCAGUCAGCAACAGCGCACGGAGGAGGUCAGCAUCCCGUCCACGGAGUUGGCGCAGCAGGUCAUCGAGUACGCCAGGCAGCUGGAGAUGAUCGUGUGACCCCAACAGGCUCACGCCAUCCAGGAUACACACUUUCAGAUUACUAUUACCUUUGUUUUUUCUUUUUUUUGUACCCCCAAACUUGCCCAGAUUUACCGUCUUUCUACGAUGACACACAUGAUGUCGUCCAUCUUGUAAAAGUCAAACAGAACUAACUCCCAGUUGUAAUUAAAUGAUUAA